AUGAGCCUGGCCUCGGCGGCGGUGGCGGGACCCGGGCCGGCCAUGGCGGUGUGGACGAGGGCCACCAAAGCGGGGCUGGUGGAGCUGCUGCUGCGGGAGCGCUGGGUGCGGGUGGUGGCCGAGCUGAGCGGCGAGAGCCUGAGCCUGACCGGGGACGCGGCGGCCGAGACGGACCCUCCGCUGGGGCCGGUGCUGGCCGCCUUCAACGGCCUCCCCAACGGCGGCGGCGGCGGCGGCAGCGGCGGGGACUCGUUGCCCGGCAGCCCGAGCCGCGGCCUGGGCCCGCCCAGCCCGCCCGGGGCCGCGGCCGCGGCCGGGGGCUCCCCUCCCGUGCGGCGCGUGCUGGUGGUGAAGCAGGAGGCGGGCGGCCUGGGCAUCAGCAUCAAGGGCGGCCGCGAGAACCGGAUGCCGAUCCUCAUCUCCAAGAUCUUCCCCGGGCUGGCGGCCGACCAGAGCCGGGCGCUGCGGCUGGGCGACGCCAUCCUGUCGGUGAACGGCACCGACCUGCGCCAGGCCACCCAUGACCAGGCCGUGCAGGCGCUGAAGCGAGCCGGCAAGGAGGUGCUGCUGGAGGUCAAGUUCAUCCGGGAAGUGACCCCGUAUAUCAAGAAGCCAUCAUUGGUAUCCGAUCUGCCCUGGGAAGGGGUCGCCCCCCAGUCACCAAGCUUUAGUGGCAGCGAGGACUCGGGCUCCCCCAAACACCAACACGGCACCAAAGACAAGAAGGUCAUCCCUCUCAAAAUGUGUUUUGCUACCAGGAACCUGAGUAUGCCAGAUCUGGAGAACAGAUUGAUAGAACUCCAUUCUCCUGAUAGCAGAAAUACUUUGAUUCUUCGCUGCAAGGACACUGCCACCGCCCACUCGUGGUUCAUAGCCAUCCACACCAACAUCAUGGCUCUCCUCCCCCAGGUGCUGGCUGAACUCAAUGCCAUGCUUGGUGCUACCUGUGCAGCCGGAGGCAGCAAGGAGGUCAAACACAUUGCCUGGCUGGCAGAACAGGCAAAACUAGAUGGUGGAAGGCAGCAGUGGAGACCAGUCCUGAUGGCUGUGACUGAGAAGGAUUUACUGCUCUAUGACUACAUGCCAUGGACAAGGGACGCCUGGGCAUCACCAUGUCAUAGCUACCCUCUUAUUGCCACGCGGUUAGUCCACUCGGGCUCGGGAUGCAGGUCACCGUCUAUUGGAUCAGACCUCACAUUUGCCACCAGGACGGGCUCCCGUCAGGGCAUUGAGAUGCACGUGUUCAGGGUAGAGACGCAUCGGGACUUGUCGACGUGGACCCGUGUACUCGUACAAGGUUGUCAUACUGCAGCUGAAUUGAUCAAAGAGGUUUCACUAGGUUGCAUAAUGAAUGGUCAGGAAGUGCGACUCACAGUGCAUUAUGAGAAUGGAUUCACAAUCUCCAGAGAAGGAGGAGGCCCUGGCAGUGUGUUAUAUCGAUACCCCUUUGAAAAGUUAAAAAUGUCUGCUGAUGACGGUAUCAGAAAUCUGUACUUGGAUUUUGGUGGUCCUGAGGGAGAACUGACCAUGGACCUGCACUCAUGCCCCAAGCCAAUUGUUUUUGUGGUGCACACCUUCUUGUCAGCCAAAGUCACGCGCAUGGGCCUGCUGGUGUGAGCCUGAGGCCGCUGAGCUCUGAGCAUCACAAGGAGCACCUCCACCUCCGAAGAAAACAAUUAAGCACAAAAGAAAGCUGCUUCUUUUGCUCUCUCCUACAGCAUCAGUGCCUUGACAAGGACCUGCAAUCACUGCUAACCCAAAACCGUGUUCACAGAACAUCCCGUGAGGACGAGCCACCACGUGCAGGAGCUCCGGCGUUCUCCCUGAGGUCCCUCCCUGGUCAGGGAUAGGGAGGCGUGACUUCCGUGACUGUGGAAUGAUGAGCUAUUUUCUGUAUAUUCUAUGUGUUCAUCAUCUGUUUGUGUUUGUCUUUCUUCUCCCAUGAUGGGGUGGGGUCAUGGUUCUUCUUUCCAAAUACGAGCAAACAGUGGAGAGACAUUUUCCUUGUUCCCGAGUUCAUGGGCUUGAUUUGGUGCCCAUCCUCACACCCGACAUUCGGGUUGGACAACUCUCCCCACCCUUUCUUUGCGAGCAGGCUGUUAGCGUUGCAGCCAUUUCAGGGGCUUCCUAAGCUUUGGCAGGAGUUUGCCAUCACGUUCUGUUGUGUGAAGCCUCAAUUGCAGGCCCCAUGGGUAUCCCUCUCUCUGUCACGAUGCUAUCGUCACCUAAUUUACCAAGUUUUAUCACUCAAAAGUGUUUAUAGCAUAAAACUUGUGAAAUGUUGAUUUAGUUCGCCAUAUAUUUUUAACCAGUACCUAGCAGAAAGAAUAUUGGAGACCAGGGUAUUACAAGGAAAUAUCUACUCA